CGCUUCGAACCCCACUCUCUCGACACCAUUUUCCACCCGCACACCGCCGACGUACGUUCCCAGGCUUCGUAUCCUUUGUAUCCCGAGGAGUCUUCAGUGACGUCUAGACUCCGUGGCUGAGACGUUGUAUGACGCCCUGUGUCCUAUGGUGUCAUAAUGGCGCGCCCCUCCCCUGCUCUUCCCCUGCUGCUUGCCUGCUUGGCCUGCUGCUUCCCUGAAGUGACUAAGGCUGCAACGUAUGGUGGGGCCUCGAGAGCAAGGGAAACAGACGAAGAUCUCCACGUUAUAGAUGUAUUCGACAUGGCCAAGGAGAUGCAGCGCCUCGAUUACUCUCGCCAUGACCCCCACGGGAUUUUUGGCGCCAAUGGCAGUGAUAGGUUAAAUGACCCGUCACACACACACGCUGCUGGACAGAAAAAAAUGCACCAAAAAUUGUCCCCAGACGAAAUCGCCCUUGGAUUGCAUAACUCUGACUACAAUGAGGAGGACGCGCAUGACAGGCAGAGACUCCACCGAACAGUACCCCUGCUCGUCAAGAUCAACAGGAUACUACGGGAUAACGCCUCCAGCAGUCAAAACAGAGUGCAGAUACAGAGCAGAACUGCCGGUGGAACAGCCAGUGGAACAACCGGAAGAACAGCCAAUGGAACAGCCAAUGGAACAGCCAGUGGAACAGCCAAUGGAACAGCCAGUGGAACAGCCAAUGGAACAGCCAAUGGAACAGCCAGUGGAACAGCCACUUCCCAGAAUUUCCCGGCGUUCAGGAGAAGCGGUUUAUUCCUUUUCGAUACUACCGAGGCUCCUUGGUUCGCCUUCGAGCGGCCGACGGACACGACGGAGGAUUAUCAAUUCCAGGCAAGAGCGGUCACGCCCACAGACACGCCCACAGACACGCCCACGGAUCCUCCAACAGACACGCCCACAGAUCCUCCAACAGACACGCCCACAGAUCCUUCAACAGACACGCCCACAGACACCACUGCCGCGACGACCACAGAGACGGCAACCACCACCAUCACCGACACGCUUUUGAUCACCGACACGACUACGGAAACUGCCACGGAAACUACCACCACCACCGAGGUCACCACCUCCACCCGGACCAUUUCCGUCACCACGACCUACACGGAGGUCGAAACCCUGACCAGCACGGUCGUAGAAACCAUCACGACCUCGGUAACUGCGAGCACCACCACGACCUUGGAGGCCGCCGCCGCCGCCACGCGCAUGCCCUCCGCAGACCAAAAUAAAGGACCCGAGAUCACGCCCGUUCAGCCGGUUUCUCCUUCCGGGUGGCUCUACGGCUCUCUGGCCUUCGCCGGGCUGGGCUUGAUGCUCAUGGUGGCCGGGGGCGUCUGGCUCAUCAUCACCUUCGUCAGGAAAGCGUCCAUGAACGCCAGAAGAGGCAUCGUCUAACCUGAGAGACUGCAGAGGUCGCCAAGGGUCAUGUUGCCAUGGUUACCAAGAAUGGAGCUUACCGAGGGCUACCGAGGGUUGCCGGAGAUCAGUCGAGAGAGUCACGCACUUUGCAGAGGCCGGUGAGAAUUGGCCAGGUCACCAGAGACUGAACUGCCGAGGUCAACAAGGGCAUGGAUACCUAAGUCACCAAGUCAGGCUGUCGGGAUCAGCAAGUCAGGUUGUCGGGGUCACCGAGUCAGGCUGUCGGGGUCAGCAAGUCAGGCUGUCGGGUCCAGCAAGUCAGGCUGUCGGGGACACCGAGUCAGGUUGUCGGGGUCACCGAGUCAGGCUGUCGGGGUCAGCAAGUCAGGCUGUCGGGUCUAGCAAAUCAGGCUGUCGGGGGUCAUCGAGUCAGGCUGUCGGGUCCAGCAAGUCAGGCUGUCGGGAGUCACCGAAGACUAAGCUUUCGAGAGGGAUAAGAUCUCGGAAAAAGGUCGGAAAGUCACUUUUGCAGAAUAAAUAGCCAAAUAUAUUUAUAUAUUUAUCUCGUUCAACUAGCAAUAAUGCCUCUUGAUAUUUUAAUUACUAUUCAACCCCUGAGUUUUGAAUCUGCGACUUGCAAAUUAUUACGUCAUCGUUUUUGCUUUCGUCAAUGAUUACAGAUUAAGAGUCCAGUAUUCUGAAGGGCCAGAUAACAAGAGAGCCUCUUGUUUUCGAAACCGAGUGCAUUCGAAGCUCAGAGGAGGAAAUCGUGUUUUCGAAACCGAGUGCAUUCGAGGCUCAAAUGAGGAAAUCGUGUUUUCGAAACCGAGUGCAUUCGAGGCUCAGAUGAGGAAAUCGUGUUUUCGAAACCGAGUGCAUUCGAGGCUCAGAUGAGAAAAUCGUGUUUUCGAAACCGACUGCAGUCAUUUUACUGGAUACGAAAUUCUCCGAUUGGCGUUUUGCUCUCAUGUAUAUUUUUGAAAGAUGUAUUGUAAAUAAUAGCUUGGACUAUUCCACAGAAUGUUGAAUGUAUAUGGAUGUCUAUAUAUUUAAAUUCUGUAUCUGUUACAUUUUAAAGUAUUAGGUUUAUCAAUUACACUAAAAUCAAAUUCAUGAUCUUUGUCAAUCGUUUCAGUGUAAUGUGUAUUGUUUCUGUGUUUUGAAGUUUUAUUAAAUUAUUGCAAAAAGUG